CGCGCUGGCUGGGGCUCCCUGCCCGGAAUUGGGAGCACAUUUUGGGAGUAAAUUAUUUGUCUUCUGCCCCAGCUGAUGUGUGAGCCAGGAUGUCUCGGAGGAAGCAGGCAAAACCCCAGCAUGUGCAAUCGGACCCUGAACUGGCCCUGCCUGGCAGUCAUGGUACACUGGAUUUGUUACAGCUAAAGAUCAACAGAGAAUCUGAAGAAAUGAAGUCUGAUCAAGAAGAAACUAAAUUAAUUUUCAAACAUGAAAGAGGCACAGAGAGGAAUCCUGUACAUCGAACACCCAAGAGCAAGGAUGCUCAUGUCUGCAGCAGAUGUUGUGCUGAGUUUUUUGAACUAUCAGAUUUGUUGCAACAUAAAAAGAACUGCAUAAAAAAUCAGUUGGUUUUAAUUGUAAAUGAAAAUCCAGCACCACCCCCACCACCACCACCACCACCACCACCUCCUCUUGCUGAAGCCACCUCACCAAGUCCCCCCUUGGAUAAUGCUGAUGAGCACAUUAAUGACUCAGUUAAUAAUGCAGAUCAACUGGACUGCAAUGGCAUUUCAGAGAAUGAGAAACCUGAAACAGAGGAGUCCAUGGAGGUAGAGUUCUCCGGAACUAACAGUAGUAGCAGUGGUUCCAGCAAAGUGGACAAUAACGUCUCGUGCAGUAAUAAUUCCACAUUGGGUACCUCAGCUCUCACAACCUCACUACCUCAAGCAAGGGAUCUGGCAACAUUGGGAAAUUUUUCUGUGAUAAAUAGUAAUGUCAUCAUUGAGAACCUUCAGAGUACUAGGGUAGCAGUGGCACAAUUUUCACAAGAAGCCAAAACUAAAGGGGCAUCCAACAAUAAACUGGCAGUGCCUGCAUUAAUGGAGCAGCUCCUGGCUUUGCAACAGCAGCAGAUACACCAGUUGCAUCUCAUUGAACAAAUACGUCAUCAAAUAUUACUGUUGGCGUCACAGAAUACAGAGAUGCCCUCAUCUUCAAGUGGACCUCAAGGAACAUUGAGGGUAUCUGCUACUCCACUGACGACACUGAGUUCCCACUUGUCCCAGCAGCUUGCUGCAGCUGCUGGCUUAGCACAAAGUCUUGCUAGCCAAUCAGCCAGCAUCAGUGGUAUAAAACAACUACCCCCAAAUCAGCUACCUCAGAGCAGCCCUGGUACCACAGUUCCAUCCAACAGUAGUUCUUCUCCAAAUGUCAAUUCAUUGGCAACAGCAGUUACUCCACCAUCCUCUGAAAGAGUUCCUUCAAACACUGGUGGUUCUCAGCUCAAUAAUCCACCAGCACCUUUAACAUCCUCACCAGCUUUUGCAAUAAGCAGUUUAUUGAGCCCUGCAUCCAAUCCACUACUACCUCAACCUGCCCCAAAUAAUACCAUUUUCUCCAACCCAUUGCCCAGCAUUGGAACAACAGCAGAGGAUUUAAACUCCCUGAGGAAAGUCGUGCCACCCGGUGUAACUACUUUUGAAACAAAAAGUUCAUCUGAUGAGGCAUUCUUCAAACACAAGUGUAGAUUCUGUGCUAAAGUAUUUGGCAGUGACAGUGCCUUGCAGAUCCAUCUGAGAUCUCACACUGGUGAGAGACCAUUUAAAUGUAACAUCUGUGGAAACAGAUUUUCCACCAAAGGGAAUCUGAAAGUCCACUUUCAACGCCAUAAAGAGAAGUAUCCUCAUAUCCAAAUGAAUCCAUACCCUGUGCCCGAACAUUUAGACAAUAUUCCUACAAGCACAGGAAUCCCAUAUGGGAUGUCAAUCCCCCCAGAGAAACCUGUAACAAACUGGCUGGAUACUAAACCAGUUCUGCCUUCUCUGACAACAUCUGUAGGGUUGCCACUACCACCAACAAUUCCCAACCUGACACCUUUUAUUAAAACAGAGGAAUCCCAACUUAUCUCAGCAAUUCAACCAUCAGUAAGUCCAUCAAGCUCAGUAAGAAGUGACACAACAGCUACAGACCCACUUUUAAAAAAAAGUAAUAGCCCCCCAGAGGUAGUUGAAACAGAGUUGCCCAGCUCUGAAGAAAAAGGUGAAGAUAAUUCGCAACAUUCUAAUUCAUUCUCCAACAUCAACAGUUCUGUCUGCUCUCCUACACCUGACACUACCCCCAUCAGCACUGCCACUUUCUCAAACCCACUAUUGCCUCUGAUGUCAGAGCAGUUUAAAGCUAAGUUUCCUUUUGGAGGACUGUUAGAUGCAGCACCUGCAUCAGAGACCUCAAAACUUCAACAGCUUGUCGAAAACAUUGACAAAAAGGCAAGUGACCCAAAUGAAUGUGUUAUUUGUCAUCGAGUUUUGAGUUGCCAGAGCGCUCUGAAAAUGCAUUAUAGGACACAUACUGGGGAAAGGCCAUUUAAGUGCAAAGUUUGUGGACGUGCUUUUACCACAAAGGGUAAUUUAAAAACCCACUACAGUGUCCAUCGAGCCAUGCCACCACUUAGAGUUCAGCAUUCCUGUCCCAUCUGUCAGAAGAAGUUUACUAAUGCUGUUGUGCUACAACAGCAUAUAAGGAUGCAUAUGGGUGGACAGAUCCCUAAUACCCCAGUUGCUGAAAACUACCCUGACUCCAUGGAGUCUGAUACUGGAUCAUUUGAUGAGAAGACUAUUGAUGAUCUAGACAAUUUCUCAGAUGAAAAUUUAGAAGAUUGUCCUGAUAGCAGUGUUCCUGACACACCUAAGUCUGCAGAUGCAUCUCGAGACAGUCUGUCUUCCUCGCCACUGCCACCAGUAAUGUCAAGUAUUGCAGCUUUAGAGAACCAGAUGAAAAUGAUUAAUGCUGGGCUUGUUGAGCAGCUCCAAGCUAGCCUAAAAUCUACUGAGAAUGGCUGUGUUGAAGCUGAUGUUAUGACUAAUGACUCAUCCUCUCUUGAAGAUAUGGAAAGUGAGAGGUCAGGAAGUCCUGCUGUCUCUGAGUCCACUUAUUCCAUGCAUGCAUUCUCACCAUUAAAUAGUUCACAUGACUAUAUGAAGUCCCCUCUUACAGAUGAUAAACAGCAAAUAUCUUUACCACCUGAAGUUCCUAAUGGAAUGUCCCCAACUCCUGCUAAUGGAGGGGCUUUAGACUUGACCUCUAGUAACACAGACAAGAUGAUCAAAGAAGAAGAGUCUUUAGGUUUGCUCUUUCCUUUUAGAGAUCGAAAUAAAUUUAAAAAUACCAUAUGUGAUAUUUGUGGCAAAACCUUUGCAUGUCAGAGUGCCUUGGACAUUCAUUAUAGAAGCCAUACCAAAGAGAGACCAUUUAUUUGCACAGCCUGCAAUCGUGGCUUUUCCACAAAGGGUAAUUUGAAACAGCAUAUGCUAACACAUCAAAUGCGAGACCUACCGUCACAGCUCUUCGAACCCAAUUCCAACAUGAGCAGCAACAUAACCAACCCAAUAGUUCAACCACCACCUAACCCUUUAGCUACCAUUAUAAAGACUGAGUUCAAUGGUUUCAUGCAUGGCUCUCCUCAGGACACUAAAGAACCACCUUCUACAGGUAUGUUAUCUUCAGGAACUUUGUCUUCUUCUGCCACAUCACCAGUUCUUCUAUCAAACCUGGCCAGGAGAACGCCUAAACAGCAUUACUGCCAUGCAUGUGGGAAAUCUUUCUCCUCUUCCAGUGCUUUACAAAUACACGAGAGGACUCACACAGGUGAAAAACCUUUUGCCUGCACUAUUUGUGGAAGAGCAUUUACUACAAAAGGCAAUCUUAAGGUUCACAUGGGAACUCAUAUGUGGAACAGUACCCCUGCACGAAGAGGUAGAAGACUAUCUGUUGAUGGACCCAUGGCAUUUUUAGGAGGGAAUCCUGUAAAAUUUCCUGAAAUAUUCCAGAAGGACCUAGUUGCAAGGGCAGGGAAUGGUGAUCCCUCAGGUUUCUGGCAUCAGUAUGCAGCAGCUUUGUCAAACGGAUUGGCUAUGAAGACCAACGAGAUCUCUGUUAUUCAGAACGGUGGUAUUACACCAAUGGCUGGUAGUUUAGGGAACAGCGGUAGCUCUCCCAUCAGCGGACUGACUGGGAGCCUAGAAAAACUCCAGAACUCUGAACCGAAUGCACCUCUAGCUGGUCUGGAGAAAUUAGCAAGCAGCGAAAAUGGGACAUCUUUCAGAUUUAUGCGUUUCGUGGAGGACAGUAAAGAAAUUGCUACAAAUUAACGCAAAAACUCUUGAGAGAACUUUACACGCAGCCAAGGGUUGCUUUUUUUUUUAUUUUUGUGACUCGAUUUAUGAAUUUCUUUUUUUUUUUUGGUAUCAUGUUUAACUUGUAGAUUUUAAAGUGGGUGUAUUUAUUAGUGAUAACAGUUGUGCAAACAAAUGCAAGCAUUAACUUUGGUCUCCUGUAUUUUGAACUAAAUACUAAUAGACUGGAGUUAUGUAAACAUGCUGUAACAUUUAUAGCAACUUGCAAGUCUUGAUAGCUGAACUUUUUUUUUUUUUUUUUUUUUUUUUUGCAUUAACUUAUUUUAUAUAUAUUCUAGUUUAACAUGGUCCCUUGGUGUUCAUACAUAAAAUAUGGCAAAUGGACUUUAAUCUUCUUGUCUAUAUGUGAAUGCACAUUUUUAAGGGAAAUAUUUCUCAGUCCAGAAACAAGUUGAAGGUUGGUGGUGCUGAUAAAAAUAGACUGUCUUGAUGGCUAUAUGGUGCAACAUAAAAUGGAUUCAGAUAGUCAUUCAAAAUUUGUGUGUGUUUUUCUUUUUUUUUUUUCUCUCUCUGUAAUAGAAACCUGCAUUAGGAAUUUUCGUUACAAUUUUUUUUUUUUAAAAAAAGGUUUUAACUCUUUUUAGUCUUGUUCUUUAUAAGUGUUUCCACAGUUGAAGAGGCAUAAUACCCAUAUGCUAAAUCACUUCAAAGUUAUAGAACAUAACUGUAAAAAGCUGGCAUGAAAACAUCACCUGAACAUUUCUAUGUAAAAAGGGAAGAUAUUUUACCUCACAAUUUCUUCAGCUCACCAGAGUAAGUGCUCUGUGAAGUUAUACUUUAGCUGCUGUCCAGCUGCCAGUUAAAAAAACAAACAAGCAAAAAAAAAAAAAAAUAGCCAAUCAGCAUCAGCAGUGCUAAGGUCAUACAUUGCUUUGCUGUGAUCUCCCUAAAAAUCUUGUGAGAUUUCAUAGUAAACUUUCUUAAACUGAAUAGGAAAAUAACAUGACUGUGCCUGCACAUGCCAGAUGCACACUACUUUGCAAGUCCUGGGACUAGCAUCCUGAUUGGCUGCUUAAGUUCUAUUUACAGUGGGGUGUGAAUACUUAGGAAAUUUAAGGUAAAAUAUCUUCCUUUUUACAUAGAGAUGUUAAGGUGAUAUUUUCUAGUCAGCUUUUUACGGCUAUGCUGCAUCACCUUCAAGUGCUUCAACAUUUGGGUAUCAUGUCCCUUUAUGUUUUCUGUACAGUAACAAGCACGCACAUAGUUUGAGACUUGGCGACUGGCAUAUUAUAUAUAUUUUUUUUAAUUAUUAUUAUUAUUAUUUCCCUUGCCUUGUAGAUAUACAUUUUAGAAAAUGUGCUGGGAUUUCACAAUUGCUGCUAAUUAUUAUAGCAUCUUGAACAACCUGCUGUGGGGAAACUGUAGAUGCUUUUGUAAAUAUACCUGUAUAUACCUAUAAAAUAAGGAAAUAUUCACUUUGAUUAAAAUGUACAUAUGUUCCUUAAAACCAAGCCUUCUAUUCUUGAAUAGGAGAUAAGUGAGUUGUUGAUUUAUUUUGUAUUAGUGGGAAGUGGACAUUAUCAGCUUUCUUUUGGAAGCCGAAGUCCUGCUUUGUUCAUGGUUUUACUGACUAAUAGCAAAAAUACUGUAAUUUUAAGCAAGUUAUCAAAUACAAUUUUUUUCCAACAGA